GUAAUGUAAUUGUAUUAUUGUAAUGAGGAAUGGGCGCUUACAAAUCAAUUUUAUUUGGUGAUAACCAAUUAUCUUAUCAACGAUUCUUCAAGCAUUCUACUAGCAUUUUAUUGACUGUGACGAGAGAAGUCAAGACGGAAUGACGUUAUCGGUUUUCGUCAUAAUACGCACGCUCGUCCUCCGAUUUGUACGGAUGAUUAAAUGUUAAUUAAUUUAUAUAAAUCGCGCGGAUAAUAACUGCACUAAGUAUUCAAACUCGAUUAAGUGUAUGCAAAUUCAGUCAUCAAAUCGAUUGUUUAAAGGUUCUUCAUGCCGUGAAAAUAACAUCGCAGCGAUCGCGCAAAAUAUUCUAAUGGAAUUUAGAUAUUAAAAAGUUUCGAAACUUAAUUAUAAUGAGUGAUGAAAAACAACCACUUCUCACGGGGCCCUGUAUUGCUAUAGAGCAUGCAGAGGUGCAGAGGGAAGCCGUGGAGUUGUCCAGUGAUGCAAUAUUACCGAUCAAAGAUGAGAAACCGAAGGCGGACUACUGCCCGGCCUCGGAGCGACACCUGGAGCACCCCACCUCCAACUUGGACACGAUGAUACAUUUGCUGAAAGGGAAUAUUGGCACAGGGAUCCUGGCUAUGCCUGAUGCCUUCAAAAAUGCGGGGUUAUUGUUUGGCGUAUUCGGCACGCUAUUCAUGGGCGCGGUGUGCACGCAUUGCAUGCACAUGCUGGUGCGGUGCUCGCGCGAGCUGUGCAUCCGGAACCAGCGGCCGGCGCUCGGCUUCCCCGAGGUGGUGGAGGACGCCUUCGCGUCCGGCCCGGUGCCGUUGAGGCCGUACGCUAAGAAAAUGAAAAACGUGAUCAACGUGUUCCUCGUCAUAACUCAACUCGGGUUCUGCUGCGUCUACUUCCUAUUCGUCGCCACCAACUUACAAGACACAUUCCGAUUCUUCCACAUCAACUUGAGCGUUCACAGCUAUUUAGUUCUACUCUUCCUACCUAUAGUAGCCCUCGCCAUGGUGAAAAACCUGAAGUAUUUGACCCCAGUGUCGCUGAUAGCGAGCAUAAUGACCGCUUGGGGGUUGAUGAUUACGUUCUACUACAUAUUGCAAGACUUGCCGAAGACGAAUUCGGUGAAACCUUUCGCGAGCUGGCAUCAGCUGCCGCUGUAUUUCGGGACCGCUAUUUAUGCUUUUGAGGGGAUUGGUGUGGUUCUACCGCUCGAGAACAACAUGAAGACACCCGAAGACUUCGGCGGUUGGAACGGAGUCCUCAACACCGGCAUGGUGAUAGUUGCUGCUCUAUACACUGCUAUCGGCUUCUUCGGGUAUCUGAAGUACGGAGAACAUGUGCUUGGCAGCAUCACGCUCAACUUGCCAAAUGACUUUCUAGCACAAAGCGUCCGCGCAGUGAUGGCGGCGUCCAUAUUUCUUUCGUACGGACUGCAGUUCUACGUGCCCAUGGGCAUCGUGUGGCCCGCCGUCAAGUCGCGACUGACGUCCGAAAAUGCACUCAAACACGGCGAAUCCGUCACGAGACUCGUAUUGAUCACUAUCACAUUCGCCGCCGCCGCAUUAAUCCCGAACCUAAGCGGCAUCAUUUCCCUGGUGGGCGCCAUCAGCAGCUCAGCCCUAGCGCUCAUCUUCCCGCCCAUCAUCGAGAUCAUGACCUUCUGGCCCGACAACCUCGGCAACCACAACUGGAUGCUGUACAAAGACCUCCUGCUGAUAUUGUUCGGGUUGACCGGGUUCGUGUUUGGCACGUAUGCCAGUGUGAGCAAUAUUUUGCAUUGAGGCGGUUGGAUGGAAAGCUAAGUUUGAUGGAAUGAGGUUAAAGCUUUUUGUGUCAAAGACGUGAAAUGAGUAUCUAGAUCAGAGGGGCUAAUGUACCUAAACAUAGAAAUUCGAAUAUUGCCUAUCUGUAUCCUGUCACUCGAAUUAUGUUUUAAAUGCGAUAGAGAUAAGACCUUAUUCGAAUUCCGAUCUUCGCGGUAGCCGUCCUAAAAGCUUGUACGGUCAAGGAAUUUAUUUUGAGCAUCAUUUUGUUCUAAUGGCUCUUGAAGUAAAUUGUCGAGGUCUUCAAAUGACCCAAGUAAAUAUUAUGACGUCAUUUCACGAUUAGUACAAUUACAAGCUUCACAAGCAGCUUAACGUGUUGCCGCGUCUAAUUGAACUAACAACUUUGACACAAAACGACAAGGCGGAAUUUAAAAGGAGUUCUACCAAAUAAUAAUAAACAUGAAGUGGAUGGUAAGCUUACUAUAGCCUCCUAAUGCCACUGAAUUUUGAACCUAUAAUGCAGGCAAUAGAGUUGAUUUUGUUUUGUUUGAAAAUUGAACGAAAUAAAACAAUUUUGCAACUCUAUUCCUAUUUUAAUAUGGUUUAAAUUUCAUGGAAAUGAUUAAGUACUAUAGGUAGGACCUUGGGCCUUAGGAGGAUAGUUUUUUUUUUAAUUCGCAUGACGUGGCAUUCAAUAGGUUUGACCUAAACCUUUGAAAACUGUCCUAUUAAACUAUAUGUUUCAAGCUUGCCUGAGUGAAUACCCUGAUCUAUGGUCUCCUUACCAAAGGGCCCAUUGCCAACGUCAAAAACCUUAUCUGCUUCUCUGUUGCUCUAAUAUACAAGAGUGAGAGAGAGACAGAUAACGAUUCUCGAUGUUUCGACGUUGGCGGUAGGCCUACAAGUCCACUGACGAUUUGGAUAACCAAAGAUUUUGAUAAACAUUUAUUUAUUUUCCCGAUCAUGACAAUAAUUGUAUGUAGCAAGAUUUUAGAUCUGAUUUUCCUUUUUAUAUUAUUAUAUAGCUGUUAAAUGAAUUAUUUUUAAAAGAAUCGUGACUUAUUGAUAAAAAAGUAUUAUUGUAUUUUAAAUUCAAAUUAUGAGAUGUUAUUAGAGUAAUUAUUAAAUGUGUCGUUCUCAGAAAAAAGAGACUUUACUCAGUUGGCGCUAACAGCAGCGUCACUUUUGUACUUCUAACGCUCAUAUGUGGCUUUCCAUUAGAGAAGGGUUCUUAUGGUUCAUGUGCAUAAGGGUGGUAUUUCACCUGUCCAAUUUUAGGGUCCAAUUUGCAUUGCGUCUUUCGCACUAAGCAAAAUGUGAGACGCAAAUACACAUUGGACAAAGAAAUUGGACAGGUGGAAUCCUAUCCUUAAGGGCCUUUACAUCAGAAAAGUGUCCUAAU